GCGGGACAUAAAUCGUUCACAACCAAUCACGCUCCACGGAAUUUAAAGCUGCGAAGUAGGAAGGCUCUGAUUGGCUUUUUAAAGGAAAAAUCAAGAUUUUUGGGACUUGUUUGUUUAUAUUCUCUGUCAAAAUGCGAUUUAGAGUUUUGUUUUACUUAAUUACAACGUUCAAAAUCUCUGAAUUUAUUUUUCGUGAUAAAGUGGUGUUUUCAUUGUGUGGACACAAAAAGUCACUUUCUUAACGCUCUUAACGCUUACGUAACAAGACGUUUCCAUAGCAACAUUUUGGAAGGCAAAAUGGACUUCCUGCAGUGGGAUAGCCAAGAUGUUGCAAGAUGGAUCGAGUCUUUAGGAUUUCCGCAAUACAAAGCUUGUUUCACUGAGAACUUCAUCACAGGAAGGAAGCUCAUUUACGUAGACUGUAACACCUUGCCAAAACUUGGAAUCACACAUUUUAAAGACAUGCAGGUCAUCUCUGCUCACGUACGGGAGCUGAUGGAGAUCACAGAGACCCCGUGGAGUCGCAGCAUCGCCGACCCCCGGCGGGAUGCCGUGGCCCUGUUCCUGGAGAAAAAGAGCCGCACGGGAGAGCGUGCUGAGGCCCUCACCUUCCAGCGGUUCCUGUAUGACUUGGAUCAGUGAAUCACAACGAACACAUCCAUCAGAUGGUGCAAAUGCAAAGCAACAUAAUCAGCUGAUCAAAGGACUCCUGCCAUCCCAAUUCUGGAGAAAUCCCUACGCCGCCUGUUAUUCUUAUUGAUCUCGGGUGGAUGUUAUGGAACUGGAUUAGUUGAUUGAUUCCGACAAAUCCUUGGGGCGAUUUUUAAGAUAAUUACAACAAACACAGGGAGCCCUGGCAGUGGUCUUAGAGCAUUGUUCUCAAGAAAUAGUCUUGUAACAGUAUUCAAGCCUCUUGAAGUGUUUCACGUUUUUUAAAACCACCGACUUCAAUGUGUUGGGUUGGUUCUUUUAUGUUAGGGCCAACCCAAAUCCACACACAAUUGUCCAUUAGAAGAAAAAAACACUUGGUUUUCAAAAUCACGUAUGCAUCUUUUAGUUCUUAGCUUCUUUUAAUCCGAUACCCCUAAAUAAAUUCAAAUGAUUCCCUUCUGGUGAGAAGAGUCCGCACAACUGUUAUGGUGGACCCAGACCUUUGUCAAAGAACAACAGGGAACAAAGAGUAUCUAGAGGUGAACAGCCCAACGCUGUGGAGAAGUUUAAAUCGGGUUCAGAUUAUAAAACAUCCCAACAAAUGGAGUGCUGCUCAAACCAGCAUCUGAAAAUGAAAAGAGGACAGCAGAGCUGCAAACCUGAGACAUGAUAAUCCACCCAGAUGGACAGACCAGGUAAGAAGAGAAAUGAUCAGAGACGCAGCCAAGCGGAGGAGAUGCAGAGAUCAAGAAGAAGAC